AGUGGACAUGCAUGAUUCAGAGCUCUUCAGCGUGUCUUCAGAUCCUGACUCAGGCGCCAUGUCUCCGGAAAUCGACCCUCACAUGACCCCGGAUAGUUUCUUCCACACCUUGUGCGACAAGAAAUCCUCCGGGGGUGUGUCUGGGAGCCCCGUGAUUAUCUACUUUAUAUCCGGCAAUCCUGGCUUGAUAUCAUACUACUACCCAUUCUUCACGCAUCUGAUCGAGAAAUUGAGGGUUUGGAUUUCCAAGGACAAUGCGAGCCCCAGAUUCCACCUCUACGGCCACAGCCUCGCCGGCUUUGAGGUCGCAUCGUCAUCGUCCGACAGCAACACAGAACACUAUCACGACCUGGAAGACCAGAUCCGCUUCGUGCAGCGCAAGCUGGACGAUUGCGUAAGCCGUGUUGUCGCCUCGGAGACCCCAGCUUUUCGUCGUGUCGACGGUGAUACAGUCAGACCCCGAGUCAUAUUGAUCGGCCACUCCGUGGGAACCUACAUCGCUAUGGAGAUCAUCCGGCGCCACCGCGAACGAUCCUCAGCAGCAACCUCAUCAUCAUCAUCAUCAUCAUCAUCAUCAUCAUCAUCACCAUCAGCCGACAACAAGCACCCCUCCUUCCCCAUCAUCAGCGCAAUCCUCCUCUUCCCCACCGUCGUCGACAUCGCCAAAUCCCCCUCCGGGAGGAAACUGACCACCCUCCUCACCAUCCUCCCCCACCUAGCCCUGAUCGCCAGCCUUGUCGCACGGGUCCUAACGACCCUCCUCCCGGCCCCCAUGCUCCGCACCGUAGUGCGUCUGGUCAUGGGAUCCCCGCCGUCCGCCGCCGUGGACACGACCUGCCGGUUUCUGACGAGUAGGAGGGGCGUCAGACAGGCUUUACACAUGGCCGCGUCGGAGAUGUACACCAUCAGUUCGGAUGAAUGGGCCGACGAGGUGUGGGGGAUUGCGUCGACGCCUGAAGCAGCGAAGAGCUUGACCAAGUUGUUCUUUUAUUAUGGACGCGGGGAUCAUUGGGUCGCUGAGGAGACGAGGGAGGAGAUUAUUGCUUUGCGGGGGAGGGGGAAUGGGGAUGGGAAUGGGAAUACGAAUGCGAAUGGGAUUACGGAGGGUGGCAGUGCGAAGGGUGGCGAAGGGGAAGGGGAAGGGGGCCGUGGCCCGACGAUGGUGGUUUGUGAGGAGGGGUUGCCGCAUGCUUUCUGUUUGAGUGAGUCUUGCCCCAAUCUUGGUGUAUUGGGUCUUGGGCCCGGGGGUGUGCUUGGGGCUUUGUGGGUUUGUGGGUUGACUUGGUUGAUCUGAUGCGUGUGCUGACUGUAUGCUGGGCAGGGCAUAGCGAAGUUAUGGCGGAGAAGGUUGCUGGGAUGGUUAGGGAGGUUGUGGGGUGAGGAUGGGUAAUUCCCUAGGGAGUUGGGGUUGGGGUUGAAUAGGGUAAUGAGUAUGUACGGGAGGCAUUGACUGUAUAGAGACAUCGUGAAAUAGAGGUAGGGCUACGACCGUUUCCCAAGAAUGCACACCAAAACUUCUAUAUGCGCUAAUCAUACCACCAUCAUUCAUGGGUAUCCUCUCGCAUCCCUCCGCACACAAAAGACACACCUCACUGACCCCCCUGAUACGCCAGCCCGGCUCUCCGAAACA